AUGAAGGCUCUCGCUGCUCUCCUGCCCUGCGCGGUGCUGCUGCAGAAUGUCGCAGCUCAAGGCGGGUAUCUAUUCACGGUCGACUCCAAAGUCGCCUCGUCCUCCACGUCAAUGAUUGAUUCCGACGUGGCCAGCGCGAUCAUCGCAAGAAGAAGAGAUCUCACAGCCGAGCGAUACCUGGGGGUCACGGACGAAAGGAUACUUGAAGACAUCCAUUCAUAUGGGGGCUACCAAAAGCCACUCUUCCAAAAUGUACAGGCUGGAGAAGCACCGGGCAGGCUGUUCAUAAGAAUAUCAGGAGUGGACAUGCAGGUCCACGACUUCGACAAUGUCAUGCCUGAUCUGUGGAUACAAGAACCGACCAAAGACCUGCUCACGGACUUCAAGGCCAUUCCGAACCGCAAAAAGAAGGACUUCACCUGCGAAUACCUUGUGCCCACAGGCCUCAACACGCCCAACAGCAAAGGAGUGGAAGUGAUCUUCUCGUAUCCGCUGGGGAAUGAACGGCUAUGCCUUGCCUCGUCGGAGAUCUCUGACAUCCCCAUCAUCCUCUCUCUCUACACCUACCUACCUACGAACCCGUCCGAGGUCAAAGACUACCUGCCCCCCUUGAUCCGCCUUCUUAAACACUUGUCAGCCACCGAAAACAUCGAAUCUACACUCCUCCUGCUGCCGUCGAAGCUCUCCAAGGCCGUUGACAAGCCUGCGCACCAGUACCAGGCACGUGCACCGCAAAAGUCGGAGGAAGAACCUCUCGAUCUCCCAUCGGCAACUCCUACGGAUGCCGUUUCUUUUGACACUGUGGCUGCGCCCGAUGCCAGCAAGAAUACCACGCUUCCCUCUGUCAUCCCCGCAUGCUUCGCCUCGCAAUCUGCAUGCGAGAACACCACCAACUCCUGCUCGGGCCACGGCUCCUGCUACCUAGCACAUACAAACUGCUUCAAAUGCCGAUGUGGCACGACACUGGUGCGUGUGAAUGAAGACGGCACAAAGAAGACUGUCCAAUGGGGAGGCGCAGCGUGUCAGAAGAAGGACAUUAGCGUGCCGUUCAUUCUAUUCGCUGGGUUUGGGGUGGUGAUGGCAGCCUUGAUCGCCGGGGUCAUUGGGAUGUUGUACAAUAUGGGCAGCCAGGAAUUGCCCAGUGUUAUCGGUGCAGGUGUGGCAGGGCCCAAGGCGGGCAAAUGA